CUUUUUCUUGUUUUUUUUUUUUUUGUGGUGGUUCUUGGGGGGUGUGGCGUCGAUCGGCUUGGGGGCAUCUUUCUGGCCACGGCCAUGAGGGUUUGGGCGGUGAUGUUGGUGGCGUGGGCUGCCGUCUUGGAUCCGGCCGAGGGCUCGCCGGCCGGCGCCGUCUGCGAGCGGGAGUCGCUCGCGGGAUCGAUCGUGGGGUUUGGGGAUUCUCGCUGCUCGUUGGACGGUCGUCGUCGUCGUAGGGAAUCUUUCCAGUUCGUGGGUGUUACCGAGGGUGAUGAGCUUUCACUGCUAAGGGCACUGAGUAUAGUCCACAAGAAUAGUGAGGAGUACGUAGCUGUUCUUUUCUAUGCAUCGUGGUGUCCUUUCUCGAGGCUGAUCAGACCACGUUUCUCCCUCUUAUCCUCUUUGUAUCCCUCCAUCGCUCAUUUUGCAAUUGAAGAAUCAGCUGUACGCCCAAGCAUCCUCUCAAAAUAUGGUGUCCAUGGGUUCCCAUUGCUUUUCCUAUUGAAUUCCACAGUUCAUAUACGCUACAGUGGCCCUCGGACCGUUGAUUCUCUUGUGACUUACUACAAUGUUGUCACUGGUAUGAAGCCUUUGACUUCGGAGUGGCCAUCAUUGGAAGAAAUUAAAACUCCAAAUUACGAGAAGCAUGAUAACACCGAGCCGGAAAGCUGCCCAUUCUGGUGGGCAAGAUCACCUGAGAACAUGCUUAGGCAUGAAACAUAUCUGGCUUUGGCGACCGCGUUUGUGCUCUUGAGAUUGCUUUACUUCCUCUAUCCGACUCUCGCCAUAUGCGUUCAGUGGGCAUGGAGUAGGCACAUCCAAAAUAUGGGUUUGCUGAGCAUGUUGGGCCUUUUCCUGCCUUAUCUUAAGCAGGCGACACAGCUAUCAAAAUCUAUUAAAGAACCACGCAAGAGAAGCAAUUUACAGGAAGGAGCGAGGAAUGCUGGUGUCUGGGCUUCCAAAUCCCUUGCUACCGUUUCAAUUGGGGAUGCAAGCACGAGCAGGAGUCACUGAUCAUUUUGUAAAUGACGAUGCUAUUCAAGACUUUAGGUAUGAAAAGUCGCCCGCGAGAACUCGGCAGCAGAACCUCGUUGCAUAACUCAUCUUUAGACACAGGCUAAGCAUUAAAUGCGGACAACUGAUAAUCUGAUGAUCGUUUAGAUCACUUUGUAUUCUUAUUCCAGAUGACUGGCAUCCGGUCAGAUUUGUAUAUUGAUCUCCUUUCGAGGAAGUAGAUUCUGAAGCUUCAUUGUAGUAAAACAUGAUCAUCAUGAUUGUUGGAGUAAGUCACUUUUUUUUUUUGG